AUGGCAGACGGGAAUGAUGAGUCAGCCGACCAAAACGGAGACGCAAACACUGUCAGCCAGCCUAUAUCCUCUACACCACUGUCUACGCCUUCUAUAUUGCUGACAGCAGAGAGCCACGAUUUGCUAGCGCCAAAGCGCAGAAGGAAGUUUGAUGAUCGAUCUCAAUCGAAGACUAGUGUUCAACUUAGGGCACAUACAGUGUCUCCGAACAACACUAAAACGUCCCUCCUGAGAGUUCCCUCGACCAGUGACCCUCAGCAUCUCGUCAAGUGGACAGAAACGAGGCAGAUUCUGAAAAUCAUAAACUCCCCUGAGUUUCUCUUCAAGUUCGGAGCUCCUCAGCUUAUUCAGUUAUCGCAACAUCAUAUCGCUGUUGGUACAGAAAAAGGAGUGAUUGUUGGGUUCACCUAUAGGCAAGAAGCAGACUACGUCCUCGUGCCUUACAAAAGAGACACUGACAUCUCGCAAGAGAUUUCACUUUCACAUAUAUGCUGCAUGGCAUUUUCAUCUAAUGCAUUUUUCGCUGCUGCUGGGUACAAGGAUGGCUCAAUUGCUGUCUGGGAGCUUGGGGAAGACCCUUCCAGCUCACAAUUCCAUGUCAUUUACGCGGACGGCGUCAUCCAGCCCAUUUCCUUGGAGAAUCGCUUCGGCCGGAAUUUACAGGGACAUCUUAAUGGAGUUCCGGUCAUAAGUAUAGACUUUAUAGGAGACCAAGAGCAGCAGAUUGUCUCAACUGAUCUAUCCGGCUUGGCCUUCUUCCACAGAGGCUUUAAGAGGUUUCUACGAAAGUAUUAUAGCUCACAAAAGAUAUUGGGGAAGAAUGAUACCAAUUCGCCUGAUCCAUUGGGCAAGCUCAAAAUACAUGACUGUGAGAUGCUUUCAAUCGGAACUUCUCCUCAAAUUACCGAUACAAUCGGUCUUAUGGCUGUCAUCACCAAAACUUCAUUAACUAUUCUUUCGAUUCGUUCUUUAGCUAAUCCGGAAUCACCAUACCCAAAAGUUCAUCUCAAAUUUUCUCGUCCAAAGUCGAUAACAGAUGAUUCUCAAGGCUGCUUAAGCUGGUAUCCCUGUAUUCAAGUCCACAAAGACAUUAAUAAUGCUAAACUUGCCUACGCAUGGCGGAACACCGUCGCGAUUCUCGAGCUUGAUAAUAGAGCCAUUUCUGCGGACAUAAUGUCAAAGAUUGCAGAAGUGAAGGAAAAGGAUAAAGCGCUACCACAAUUGAAGUUUCAUAAAACAGGAAGUUCGAGCGUUUCUGAGAGGGAAACGAUCGUGUCACUCAAUUGGCUAAAUUCAGAAAUCUUAACGGCCAUCACUCAACAUGAGAGCACAACAGAGACUAAGCUUUACUUCUUUUACUACGGUGGCAAGAAAGAUCAACUAUCUCUCACACAGGUAGGUGUGGAUGAUCUAGACUCACAGCAAAUAUCCACUUUAGAUGUCAAACUGGACGAAAGAAUUGAGUUGACUGGAACAAAGAGUUUCAAAGGCAGCCUAAAGAUUUUGCGCCAUCGCCUCGUUCUUCUCGUAAAUUCACACUCGCCAUCUCAUAAGACAUUACUAUCUGGAAGAUGCCUCAAAUGGGCAGAUAGACUUAUAGAUUACCUCCAACAGGGGGAGUUCGAAUCUGCUCUAUACAUGUCUUACGAUUACUAUGUUUCUGGAAACUAUGGAAAGCUAGUACUUCACGGUUUGCCCCAUAAUGAAAAAGAGCGACGUGCAGUAGUCAAGCCAAUCUUGAAGCGUGUUAUGCGUGAAUCUAUUCACCCAUUGUUUGAAGAUCAAGUUGACGCUGUGAAGAAAACCAAUAUAUGGAACUUGUAUCUCACACUCGCGUCAAUCUUAUCAGAGCAUGGAAUAAUCGGAGAUGACAUUCUUGGUAUGCUUGAUGAAAUAUUUGAUCUUUUCGGCGAUGAUGCGCUUUUUUUUGAUGUGUUAGAGGAUUAUAUCACUUCGCAAGAGAUAAAGAACCUUUCGCCCAUCACAUUUAGGGGCCUCAUCGAAUCUUACACUCAUAGCGAUAGGCGUGAACAUCUUGCCGAGAUCAUCUGCUUGCUUGACUCUAGUUCACUUGACAUUGAUCUAGCCCUUGCUUUAUGUGAGAUGUACAACUUGAGAGAAUGUCGAAUAUACAUUUGGAAUGCCAUGUUAAAGGACUACACUACUCCUUUGAUCUCAUUGAUGACAGAAAUGAGUUCAAAGGAAAUGCAUCACGAUGAUACUGUUAUAGUCUUUACCUACAUGUCUUAUAUCUUGACUGGAAGGCAGUACCCAAGUGACCGGGUUCUCGACAGUUCCGUCGAAGACUUCGCACGAAACUCGAUAUGCGAGAUCCUAUUCAGUAUUGGGCCAUACAAAUGGCCCAGAGACACCGAUGAAAUUCUUUUAAGCUCGUAUUCCGACAAAAUUUUCCCUUAUUUGACUUUUUUUCUCAAAUUUGAUACCUUCGAAACGAUGGUCACACUCAACGAGUUUUUCGAAAAUCCAACCCUUAACGACGGCUCUGGAACUUCACUCACCAGGCAAUACAUAGUGGAGGCUUUGCUUGAUAUCUUCGAGGCUAACGAGGACUUGCGUAUCGGGCAGCACAAAGUGCAUCUUGCUAUUUUCAUUGCACGGAAUUAUCCAAAAUACUUUCAAUUUAUCCGGUUGUCGGAGACUGUUUUAAUUGAAACCGUGAACACCUUAUGUGACAACACAAAAGAGGACCUCCACGAAGAUUGUGAGCUCGCUUUAGAGAGUCUCUUGUCCGUUUACGACGUUGAGAAUGAUAUUCACCUUGUGGAGCAAAUGAAGGCUGCCAAAUUUUACGAUGUUCUAUUCAAGGUAUACAAGUUUCAAGGAAAAUACGCCGAGGCAAUGGAAAUGUGGCUCGAGAGGAAUCGAAAGCGUAGUUCUUCGGAUGCUAUCAAGAACUUUGCAGUUCUUGCGGAUUUGCUUAAGAGUACAUUUAACGCUGAGAAGCAAAAUACUACUGAGCUGCUACAUUUCAUACAGUUCAUCGAGGACAAUUACGAUGAAUUGAUUUCCAACAACACGGAUGACAUGGUAUCUCUAGUAAGGAAAUACAACCCGGAGCUUAAUUUGAUGGUGCUCAAAUGCAAGAAUGAUUCCUUGGCAUUGAAUUACCUUUCGUCCUACUUCGGGCGAGAGACGAGCUCGACACUAAAUCGAGUCUCGCUUCGAUUGAUAUCAAGGUACAUCGAACUUUUGAGUAUUUAUGAGAUUCAUAGCGUGAAGGAUGUCAUCACAAAGUAUAUCAGUUCUUUGGACAAGCAUGAAGAUGUGAAAGAUUCGAUUCGGAAAAUUCUCAAACAAGCGGGCUUGUUUGAACUGUUAGCAUUGAUGCUUUGUCAUGAAAAAGAAUACGAGGCAGCCGUGAAAGUACUUUGGAAUGCUAUCCAAUCGUUACACAAUAAGGAAGAAAGUUUAGACGAGACAGCCCUCUCGUUCCUAAAAUCUUACAUCGACAUUUCUAUCACAGUAAGUGCAGAAGCCCAUCAGAUAGCGAUUUGGACAAUAGUGGUGGAAAACGCUGUGAUCAUGAGUGACCAAGCUCGAGACCAGAAGUUACGCGAUAUUCUCAAUGAUAGUAUAUUUCAGUGCUUCAGGGCAAUGGAACACAGAGAUUUUGAGAACAAGGAGGAAUCGAUUUUCAAGCAGGUUUUUAAUCAUGUUCUUACCGUGGCUAAAGUGGCCAACAUACGUGAAACCCUCCAAGACAUACUCACAUCCUACCUAUUCGAGAGUGAAAUGCAUGAAUUGACCGUCAAGAAAGUCAAUCAAAGAAUCUACAAGUACAUGGAGAUGAUAAAAAGUGAGGAGCUCAUGGGCUGGCUCGUGAGCAACAAACAAUGUACCAGUUGUGGCAAGCUAAUGUGGGGCGAAGAAAUGCUCGAAAGGCAUGCUUGGGCGUGGGAAGAGAGACAAAAGAGCAUGGCUUUUGGGCUUAAGACACCCUUUGACAACAAGAAGUUCGAGGACUGUGAUAUUUACUUGUUCAAGUGCUCUCACGGAUACCAUAAACGGUGCCUUGAGCACAUUGGCGGCAACAAACGUUGUGUGAUUUGCAGCCCAGAGUAG